AUGUCGUCUCACAGCUUACCCAACAUACCGUCGCUGCGCAAGCACCAGUUAUUGUUGGAGUUCGCGAGUUUGAAACAUGCAGCCCCUCCAGGGGUGUACGUGAGCAUCAACAAUCCCACCGAUCCGACAUUAUGGUCAGGAGUCUUCUUUAUCCGAAGUGGGCCGUAUGCGUCGGCAAUCCUUCGUUUCGCGAUUCGAUUCCCCGCCUCCUAUCCUGAGCUCCCUCCGCUCGUCACAUUCAACACCGAUAUAUUCCACCCGCUAGUCGUUCCUCUGACAACAUACACGUUUACGACCGGUUCUUCGAACGAGGCUCCUGUAAGUGCGACCGACGAGGAGCGGCUGUCACCCGGUGCCUUUAGUCUGCGACAUGGAUUCCCUCACUGGUUCGGGCGAGCACAGAGGACCGCAAACAAUUCUGGGACGCCGUCGCGAAACAUAAGCGGUAGCAAAAUUGAGAACGAAAGUAAAGUGGCACAAACCGAUAUCAUUACAGAAGACGGCGGAGAUAGCAACAACGCUGCCAAUGACCCUGUCGUGCCAGUCACGCCGAAAAAGCAAACAGCAAGAGAGACGCCAGUCACCUCUCCAUCUCCAGGAGUAAAAGAAAACGCGUCUCCGGCUUCCCCGGCUCCGGUUUCUGGUCCAUAUUUAGACAAGCAAAGAAGCGUUCCUGUGGUGACAUUAUUGAGUUAUAUACUGUCCACGUUUGAUGACGAGAACAUACUUGAUUCUCUCCCCCUAGAGGCUGCUGGAAACCCGGGAGCGUGGCAUGCUUGGAAAGCAUACCGUCGAAAUGAAAAAGGGUUCAAGCAUCAGUCAAAUGGCUCUGGUGUUGCCACCCCAGAUAAGAGAGGCACCCCUCAGGCACGUUUGCCUGGCGAAUGGAACUGGGAAGGCGUGUGGGCAAAGCGAGUUCAGAGCGGAGUCGAGGCGAGCCAGUCUCAUGCUGUGUUAUUUGGGAAUGCUCCUCGCGCUGGAGAUGAUCUAAUGCGGUUUCUGAACAUCGACCAGGCUACUUUGGAGAGCGUCAGAGAAAAGAUACUUCCAGCGUCGGAGGAAACGAGUGCGCAGGAGCAAGCAUGA